AUGACUGUCCCCGACAAGUACAAGUCACCGCCCCAGGCGCCCCCCGUCUUUACCGGCACCAAGGAGUCCAUCGUCGGCGACUCCAAGAAGAUUUGCGACCAGACUCGCGCCCUUCUCGACAAGCUCGUUGCCGACUACCCCGCCGACAAGGCCACCUUUGAGAAUGUUAUGAAGCCCAUCGCCAAAGACGAGAACGAGAGCGGACUGUCGACUCGUAUCCUUGGCUUCUAUCAAUAUGUCUCGAGCGACGCCGCCCUGCGCGAGGCUUCGACCCAGGCCGACACCAUUAUGGACGAGUUCUCGAUCGAGGUGAACAUGAGGGAGGAUGUCUACAAGCUCAUUGAGGCUCUCCACCAGCGCAAAGACUCGGAGGGCCUGGACCCCGAGAGCUUGAGGUUGCUGGAGAAGGACUACAAGAACUACAUCAAGAUGGGUCUGGGUAUCCCCGCUGGGCCCCAGCGUGACCGCUUCAAGGAGAUCAAGAAGCGUCUCAGUCAAAUCCAGAUUGAGUUCACAAAGAACCUCAACGAGGAGAACGGCGGCAUCUGGUUCACAAAGGAGGAGCUCGAUGGUGUUUCAGAUGACGUUCUUGAUGGUCUCGAGAAGGGCACCGGCGAGAACGAGGGCAAGCUCAAGCUCUCCUUCAAGUACCCCGACCUCUUCCCGACUCUCAAGUUCGCCAAGAACCCCGAGACGAGACGCAAGGUCUUCAUCCAGAACGAGAAUAAGUGCAACCAAAACGUUCCUCUCUUCCAGGAGGCCAUCAUUCUCCGUGAUGAGGCUGCCCGCAUGCUUGGCUACCCCAACCACGCCGCCCUGCGCAUCGAGGACAAGAUGGCCAAGACAACCAAGACUGUCAACGACUUCUUGGGCGACCUUCGCUCUCGUCUGACUGCCGGUGGCGCCAAGGAAGUCGAACACCUCCAGGAGCUCAAGAAGGCCGACACUGACGCCCGCGGCGUUGAGAACGACGGCAACUACUACCUGUGGGAUCACAAGUUCUACGACCGAUUGAUGAUUGAAAAGGAGUACAGCAUUGACGAGAACAAGAUUGCCGAGUACUUCCCCAUCACCUCGACAAUUGCUGGCAUGCUCAAGAUCUUCGAGGAGCUCCUGGGCUUCGUCUUUGUUGAGCUGAAGCCUGAGGACCGCAAGGCCUUGAGCCCCACUGGCAAGGGUGAGGAUAUCGCAUGGCACGAGGAUGUCAUCAUUUUCAGUGUCUGGGAUGAUGCUUCUGAGGGAGAAGGAUUCGUUGGCUACCUGUACCUUGACCUGCACCCUCGCCAGGGCAAGUACGGUCACGCCGCCAACUUCAACUUGCAACCCGGCUACCUGCAAGCCAACGGCUCACGCAGAUACCCCGCCACUGCUCUGGUCUGCAACUUCAGCAAGCCCACGCCCAAGAAGCCCUCACUUCUCAAACACGACGAGGUCGUCACCCUCUUCCACGAGCUUGGACAUGGUAUCCACGACCUUGCUGGCCGCUGCACAUACAGCCGUUUCCACGGUACCAGCACCGUCAGAGACUUCGUUGAGGCGCCAUCACAGAUGUUGGAGAACUGGUGCUGGACCCCUAGUGUUAUCAAGGCGCUGUCUCAACACUACGAGACUGGCGAGAAGAUUCCCGAUGACCUUAUUGAGAAGCAGAUCUCCACCAAGCACGUCAACGCUGCCCUGUUCAACCUCCGCCAGCUUCACUUCGGUACCUUUGACAUGACUGUCCAUACCCCCGAGAGCCACGAGGCCAUCAAGAAGUUGGACUUGUCAGCAACCUACAACGAGCUUCGCGGCCAGAUCGCUGGUAUCAAGGGCCCAGAAGCUCAGGGAGAGAAGAGCACCUGGGGUAACGGACAAGCCUGCUUCGGUCACUUGAUUGGCGGCUACGAUGCCGGCUACUACGGCUACCUCUCAUCCGAGGUCUACUCGACCGACAUGUUCUACUCCGUCUUCAAGGCCGACCCAAUGAACGGCAAGGAGGGGCGCCGCUACAGACACACUGUCUUGGAGAAGGGCGGAAGCCAGGAGGAGAUGUUGACCCUGGAGCAGUUCCUUGGACGCAAGCCUAGCACCGAAGCCUUCUACAAGGAGUUGGGCAUCCCUCAGUAA